GCCUUCCCCCUCCUGCCGCCGCCGCCGCUGCCGCCGCCGCCGCCGCCGCCGCCGGGACGCACGGCCUCGGGUGCCCACGGCUGAACCGCGCGCGCCGCGCACUCUGGCUCAGGGUUGGGGCCGAGGACCCUCUCCCGACCCUCCUGCUGAGGGCGCCCCUCGGCUUUCCCGCGGCCCCAGGGCUCCUGCCGAACAGCCCCAGACUGAGUCCCCUCAAGUCGGGGACCCCCCCGCUCCUUCUAAGGAGGAGUGGACACCUGCCGCUGUCUCCCCCAAACGGGGAGUCUUCUCUGUGCCGUCUCCUCACGCCCACACAGACGGCGGAUUGCUGCACGAUCCGGUUUGCCCUCUUCCUAACUCCAGAACCUUCUGAUCUCCGCUAGUUCUUACUGGCUCCUGCCCCUCGCCCCGUCCACGCUCCCGGGGAGACAUCCCUCCGCCCCACACAGCCAGGGCCUGGCUGGGGGCCUGCGGGCCGCUUCCGGACCACCUCGUCUCUUCGCUGCCCCUCCCUCUCUGUCUUCGGACCCUCGGUCCCCUUGUCACCUCUUGGAGCCCCCGCCUAACCAGGGGCCAGUGGGUACCCCCUACCAGGAUGUGAGCCCUUUUAACCUGUAAUGCUGUGGCUGGUCCUUGGUCCCUUCCAUGCCAUGGAGAACCAGGUGCUGGUGAUUCGCAUCAAGAUUCCAAAUAGUGGAGCGGUGGACUGGACAGUGCACUCCGGGCCGCAGCUACUCUUCAGGGAUGUGCUGGAUGUGAUAGGCCAGGUUCUGCCUGAAGCAACAACCACAGCAUUUGAAUAUGAAGAUGAAGAUGGUGAUCGAAUUACGGUGAGAAGUGAUGAAGAAAUGAAGGCAAUGCUGUCAUAUUAUUAUUCCACAGUAAUGGAACAGCAAGUAAAUGGACAGUUAAUAGAGCCUUUGCAGAUAUUUCCAAGAGCCUGCAAGCCUCCUGGGGAACGGAACAUACAUGGCCUGAAGGUGAACACCCGGGCAGGACCCUCUCAACACAGCAGCCCAGCAGUCUCAGAUUCACUUCCAAGCAAUAGCUUAAAGAAGUCUUCUGCUGAACUGAAAAAAAUAUUAGCCAAUGGCCAGAUGAAUGAACAAGACAUACGGUAUCGAGACACUCUUGGUCAUGGCAACGGAGGCACAGUCUACAAAGCAUAUCAUGUCCCAAGUGGGAAAAUACUAGCUGUAAAGGUGCGGUGGAGAGCAGCGGGAAUGUACUCAGGAGGUGAAGCAUUAAUGCUAAAGGCAGGAUGUGAUACGGAGAAAGCUGUGGAAUGGAACGAGGAAGCACACGUCAGGUGGAGGGAACAGCAGGAGCAGAGGCUGGAUGUGGGCAGAAGUGCCGGCUGCGUGUGGACCAGAAGAAAUGGCUGGUUUCACAUGCAGCUUGGGUUUGCGGUCAUACUACUAGAUAUUACACUGGAACUUCAGAAGCAAAUUAUGUCUGAAUUGGAAAUUCUUUAUAAGUGUGAUUCAUCAUAUAUCAUAGGGUUUUAUGGUGCAUUUUUCGUUGAAAAUAGGAUUUCAAUAUGUACAGAAUUCAUGGAUGGAGGGUCUUUGGAUGUAUAUAGAAAAAUUCCAGAGCAUGUCCUUGGAAGAAUUGCAGUGGCCGUUGUUAAAGGCCUUACUUAUUUGUGGAGUUUAAAGAUUUUACAUAGAGAUGUGAAGCCCUCCAAUAUGCUAGUAAACACCAGAGGACAAGUCAAGCUGUGUGAUUUUGGAGUUAGCACUCAGCUGGUGAAUUCUAUAGCCAAGACGUAUGUCGGAACAAAUGCUUAUAUGGCGCCUGAAAGAAUUUCAGGGGAGCAGUAUGGAAUCCAUUCUGAUGUCUGGAGCUUAGGGAUCUCUUUCAUGGAGCUUGCUCUUGGGAGGUUUCCAUAUCCUCAGAUUCAGAAAAACCAGGGAUCUUUAAUGCCUCUCCAGCUUCUGCAGUGCAUUGUUGAUGAGGAUUCGCCCGUCCUUCCGGUUGGAGAGUUCUCCGAGCCAUUUGUACAUUUCAUCACUCAGUGCAUGCGGAAACAGCCAAAAGAAAGGCCAGCGCCUGAAGAAUUGAUGGGCCACCCGUUCAUCGUGCAGUUCAACGAUGGGAAUGCCACCGUGGUGUCCAUGUGGGUGUGCAGGGCGCUGGAGGAGAGGCGCAGCCAGCAGGGCCCGCCCUGAGGCUGCAGGGGGCGCCCGAGAGCCCAGGACUGGUUACCAAGGGAAACGCCACCUUCUGCGCCCUUCUCCGUUUGCUGUCUGCGCCAGAGGAGCUUUGCUGGACCCAGGCCUCCCCGCUCUCACCUUCGACUCGGCUGGUAGAUGGUCUUGCCUUGGGAGCCCUCCAGGGAGCCCUCACCCGCCUCAGGUCCGGAGGCCUGGCUGGCAGGGUGGGCAGAGGGGUCGGGGCAUCGAGAACGGAGGCCCCGGUGCCCUCACGCCUCUUCCUCUCCCCUAACAUUCUUCUUUGUAAAAGGUCAGGCCCCGUCGGCAUCGCUGAUGGGAAUAAAAGUGUUACUGCUCUGUGA